CUCCGCUGUAUCACACUCGCUCUCACUCACUGCACGCGCUCUGUCCAGCACACGCGCAUCGAUUGCGUCUCGUUUUUAAAACACACCAGGAUUAUCUAUCUCACCGCUUUUCACGCACGAGUGACAGGAGCCAAUAACAGACUUCAAAAGACCUCGACAAAGGACAGGACAACUGAAGGAAUUUAGGGCUUGUUUUCUGUUCGCAUGCGCUCACCGUUCAGCGGACAAACUUUAUCAUUUCUCGGUCCGGUGAAGCCAGAGCUGAAUUUGCAUUGAGACAUCACCCACAACGUAUCGUGGUGACGCAGAACCAUGGUGAAGAUUUUAUGGAGAUAGACAUCCUAUGUCCAAUCAGGGAAAGGGAAUUAUUUUGUGACACCUUUGUUUGUCAUCCACCUUUCUGGAAGUGAUAUUUAUGAACAUUUCUCCAGCAUGGCAUCAAGUCUUACGUGUACAGGGAUGAUCUGGGCUCUGGUGUCCCUGCUGAGUGCAGCUGCCUCAUGUGUGGGCUUCUUCAUGCCUUACUGGCUCCUGGGAUCACAGAUGGAUAAGCCGGUGUCUUUCGGAACUUUCCGACGCUGCUCGUAUCCCAUCAGGGAUGAGGAGAGGCAGGCCACGGUCAUGCUGGAGCAGUGCGGGCGCUACGCGAGCUUCCAGGGCAUCCCGAGCGUGGAGUGGCGGAUCUGUACGGUGGUUACAGGGAUUGGAUGUGGGCUGCUGCUGCUGGUGGCUCUGACGGCGAUCAUGGGCUGCUGCAUAUCAGACCUCAUCUCCAGAACCAUUGGACGCGCAGCUGGAGGGAUGCAGUUUGUUGGGGGUCUUCUCAUUGGUUCAGGCUGUGCCCUGUACCCUCUCGGCUGGGACAGUGAAGAAGUCCAGCAGACGUGCAACAACAGCUCAGACCAGUAUGAACUUGGCUCUUGUCAGAUCGGCUGGGCGUAUUACUGCACAGGUGCAGGUGCAGCCUCCGCUAUGUUACUGUGCACUUGGCUCGCCUGUUUCGCUGGGAAGAAGCAAAAGCAAUACCCGUAUUAAAAGAACCGAUAACAGUCUAAAGACGGACAGAUGCCUUAGACCCAGAAGAGAUGUGACAUCUUUCCUCCAUUACUGCUACUCAAGUUCUUCAGUACUCUUCAGUCAUUAAAACUCUUAUUGCUCAUGAACGUCUGUGAGCAAUGAAACAUGACUCUAUACACUACAUUCACUGCUUUGUUAAAAGUGUUAAACUCAGAAGGACCAAGUAUCGUUUUUAUGACCAAUGUUGUGUACUUAUUUCUUUUAUGUCUCUUUUUCUUGAAUUGAUAUUGUAAUGGGAAGCUAUUAGUCAGGGAUAAAAAGACUGUGCUUGAAGUCUGUAUAUAUGUAAUGUUUUAACAGCUAUUUUUAAAGCAUUAAAGACCAGAUUAAGCUUGCACCAGCACCUCUUUUGCCGUUAAAACUACUGUCAGGAUUUAAUAAAGACACAGUGAAUAAAAUAGCCUUAUUAUAACCUAUAUAAAUAACCUUAUUGCAUAUGCAUUUGUAGGAGUUUCUCUUUUAGAUAGCAAAAUUUAUGGGAGGAGAUAAUUUAAAUGCAUCACACAACGCGAUUUACUAAGAUUUGCGUAGUGUUUUUAACUCAUUCCCCGCCAGCUUUUUAAAAAAAAAGUUUCACAAAAUGCCUUCCAGGAAAAUUUUCUUCUAAAAAUAUAUAAACAUACAAAUAUAUCAAAUGAAAGAACAGACCCUCUGCUUUCAAACAAACAAAACACGAAAAAAAAAAAAACUUUCAUCCUAUCUUUAUUUGUUCUCAUUUUGUAACCUCUUAAAUAUGGGUAGGUGUCUUCAAAAAUACCACAUUUGAGCAAAAAGCUGAAAUAAAGUUUUGGGUUAGAACAACACGCCAUUGGCAGGGAAAUGUUUUCUCUUGAAUUGAAGGGAUAACUUGUCAAUGGCAGGGAAAAAAGCAUGUCUUAAGAGAUUGUUUACCCAGAAGUGAAAAUUCUGUCAUCAUUUACUCAAAUCGUUACAAACCUGAAUGAAUUCUUUGUUCUGUUGAACACAAAGGAGGAUAUAUGUGAAAAAAAAAAAAGGAAACGGGAGCGCCACUGACUUCCAUAGUAGGGAAGAAAAAUACUUUGGAAGUCAAUGUUGGUUACAAACAUUGAUCAAAAUAUCUUCCUUUUUAGCUAAAUAAUGACAGAUUUUUUUAUUUUGGGGUGAACUAUGCUUUUAAUUUCUUAUAAUAACCUACAUCCUACGAUCUCUUUGGAAACAUUUACCAAUUUUCUGUGCCACUUAAAGAAGCACUGUAACAAUAAAAAUUAUAAAUAUAAAUACUAUUAUUUCUGUAAGAAUAAAAGGCAUUAUAAUAUGUAUUAUAAGACAUCAGGAAUGCAUUAUAUUUUUUAUGUAUAAUGAGUAGCUUUGUAAUUUAUUAUAUUAUUAUAUAACAUCAUAUAUCUACAGACUUCAAGUGAAGUAUUUCCAAAAGGUUCUGUACCUUAUGUUCUCAACACUAUUGUGUAGUUGUUUAUAUAUCCUAUUCACAAAAACAAAUGGUGCUAAAUAGCACUAAUAUUGGCUGGUAAUCAUAAAGGGGAACCAUUUAAUUGCUAAACAGAAUCGAUGUGGAACCUGUGAAGAACCAUAUUGUGAUAUGUUGAACCAUAGUGAUAGUGUUUUAGCACCAUUUACGGUUCUACAGAGGUGCUAUGUGAGUUCUAUAUAGCGCUAUGAUAACAAGCUUUUAGUACUAUUAAGCACCAUUUUUAUUUUUUUAAGUGUAUACUUUGUAAAAUGCAAUAAUAUUCAUGGAUAAUAUCUCUAUGUUGCUUAUUUUGUUUGAAGCUUGAUUCUUUUUACAUGUAUGCUAUAAAGUACAAUAUAUGUUCUGAUGAAAUAUGUUUUUAUUUUGUGUUUAAGAGACAAUGAGGCAUGUAUUAUUUGAUUGAUUUUGUGUUUGUAAAUAAAAUCUGUUUAUUAUUAUG